AUGCCGCGUCUCAUCAAUUGUCUGUUCUUGCUCCUCGCUUGUCUCGGAGCCUCGAUACAGGCAAAAGAAGAGACAAGCCAAUGGCCUCUCCAAGACAAUGGUCUAAAUACCGUUGUGCAAUGGGAUCACUACAGCUUCCAAAUCAAUGAUCAAAGAAUCUUCAUCUUCAGCGGCGAAUUCCACUACUGGCGAAUCCCUGUGCCUGGUCUCUGGCGCGAUAUCCUGGAGAAAAUCAAAGCAGCCGGCUUCACGGCUUUCGCCUUCUAUUCCAGCUGGGCCUACCAUGCCCCGAAUAACAGCACUAUCGACUUCACCACUGGCGCACAUGACAUCGUUCCUAUUUUCGAGCUUGCCAAAGAACUUGGCUUGUAUAUAAUCGUCCGUCCAGGGCCAUAUGUCAAUGCCGAGGCCAAUGCUGGCGGUUUCCCCCUUUGGCUUACCACCGGUGACUAUGGUACACUCAGGAAUAAUGAUACACGAUACACGGAGGCCUGGAAGCCUUACUUCACGGAGAUGACUACUAUCACUUCCAAGUAUCAGGUUACCGAUGGUCAGAACUCGAUCUGCUAUCAAAUUGAGAAUGAGUAUGGAAACCAGUGGCUUUCUGAGGCUUCGCUACGCGUGCCUAAUGAAACGGCUAUUCAUUAUAUGGAGUUGCUCGAGGCCAAUGCGAGGGAGAAUGGUAUUACUAUCCCUCUAACGGCCAAUGAUCCUAAUAUGAACUCUCAUUCUUGGGGCAAGGAUUGGUCUGACGAGGGAGGUAAUGUUGACGUUGCAGGCGUUGACUCGUAUCCAUCAUGCUGGACUUGCGACCUUAGUCAAUGCACCUCUACAAACGGCGCCUACGUUCCCUUCCAGGUAAUGGACUACUACAGCUAUUUCCAAGAAUCACAGCCGAACCAGCCAGGUUUCAUGCCCGAGUUCCAAGGCGGUUCGUACAAUCCCUGGGGAGGACCCGAAGGAGGCUGUCCCGGUGAUAUCGGCGAUGAUUUCGCCAACCUAUUCUACCGUUGGAAUAUCGGUCAGCGCGUGACAGCUGUAUCUCUGUACAUGAUGUUUGGCGGACAAAACCAUGGAGCAAUGGCUGCUCCUGUUACAGCCACUAGCUACGAUUAUUCCGCGCCGAUUUCCGAGGACCGCUCGAUCUGGUCAAAGUAUCAUGAGACGAAGCUUCUGGCGUUGUUCACUCGUUCUGCGACGGAUCUCACAAUGACUGAUCUGAUUGGUAACGGCACACAGUAUACCGAUAAUAAGGCCGUGAAGGCCUUCGAGCUCCGAAACCCGGAGACCAAUGCGGCGUUUUAUGCGACAUUCCAUACCAAUACUUCCAUCUCGACGAAUGAGGCUUUCCAUUUGAAAGUUAACACUUCUGUUGGAGUUUUGAAUGUGCCUAAGCGUGCCGCGUCCUUGCGCUUGAAUGGUCACCAGUCCAAGAUUAUUGUCACGGAUUUCUCGUUCGGCGGAAAGACUCUUCUCUAUUCCACUGCUGAGGUUCUCACCUAUGCGGUCUUUGAUAAGAAGCCUACUCUUGUACUCUGGGUGCCGACGGGCGAGUCAGCCGAGUUCAACAUCAAGGGCGCAAAGAAGGGCUCUGUCAAGAAGUGUCAAGGCUGCUCGAGUGUCAAAUUUGUGAAAGAGCACGGAGGCUUGACUGCUUCUUUGGCCCAAUCCAAGGGCCUGACGGUUCUUGAGAUCGACGACAGUGUCCGGGUUGUCGUGCUUGAUCGGACAUCCGCAUAUGAAUUCUGGGCUCCUGCUCUCACAGAGAACCCAUUUGUCCCAGAGACCGAAAGUGUUUUCGUUUUGGGUCCUUACCUUGUUCGAGGUGCCAAAAUAUCGGGCAACAAGCUUGCUAUCACCGGUGAUGUGGUCAACGCGACCUCUUUGGAAGUAUUCGCCCCAAAGACUGUGAAGACCAUUACUUGGAAUGGCCGGAAGGUUGACACCCACUCGACCGAAUACGGGAGUCUGAAGGCAUCACUUAAAGCCCCCAAAUCCAUCAAAUUGCCAUCUCUGUCUUCAUGGAAGUCCAACGACAGCCUGCCAGAGCGCUUCACCGCAUAUGAUGACUCUGGCGCCGCCUGGGUUGAUGCAAACCACAUGACAACCCUAAACCCCCGUGUUCCAACCAGCCUACCAGUCCUCUACGCCGACGAGUACGGCUUCCACAACGGCGUCCGCCUCUGGCGCGGAUACUUCAACGGCACCGCCACAGGAGCCUUCAUCAACGUGCAAGGAGGAUCCGCCUUCGGCUGGAGCGCCUGGUUAAACGGCGAAUUCCUCACCUCCUACCUAGGCGACGCAUCAAUCUCCCAAGCAAACCUAACCCUCUCCUUCACCAACACAACACUAAGCACAACAUCCCCGAACGUCCUCCUAAUCGUCCACGACGACACAGGCCACGACCAAACAACCGGCGCUCUAAACCCGCGCGGAAUCCUCGACGCCAACCUCCUGGGCUCAGACACCGGCUUCACACACUGGCGCCUAGCCGGCACCGCAGGCGGCGAAAGCAACCUCGACCCCGUGCGCGGCGUCUACAACGAAGACGGACUAUUCGGCGAGCGAGUCGGCUGGCAUCUACCCGGGUACGAUGACUCGAAAUGGGAGAGCGAGACCGGGUCGGUGCUUAGUUUCACGGGUGCGACGGUGCGGUUCUUCCGCACGACCGUUGAUCUCGAUAUACCUUCUGGUACUGAUGUUUCGGUUUCAUUUGUGCUUUCCACGCCUGGUGGCACGGAUAAGUACCGUGCGCAGCUGUUUGUUAAUGGGUAUCAGUAUGGUCGGUAUCAUCCGUAUAUUGGGAAUCAGGUUGUGUAUCCUGUUCCAGUGGGCAUUUUGGAUUAUAAGGGUGUUAACACGAUUUCUGUGGCUGUUUGGGCGCAGAGUGAGGAGGGGGCGCAGAUUGGGGUCGAUUGGAGGGUUAAUUAUGUUGCGGAUAGUUCGUUGGAUGUUGCUUCUUUGGAUACUAAGGGGUUGAGGCCUGGGUGGAGUGAGGAGAGACUCCAGUUUGCUUAG